CGUCAUUGUUGGCUUGCGCUGGAGGUCAUAGAAAACAACUGAACAACCACAAAGGAAGAUGAAUACACAAACACACAGAAAACAACCCAAAUUCAGCCAAUUUCAAAUGUUUGUGUAUUGACAACACAGAGAAUUCUGUGUAAGGAAUUAGAACAAUACCACAGCCCAGACGCGUGAUGUCAGAAUGCCUGCACAGAUUUUUCUUUUUUGUAAAUGGAGCAGAAAUAUUCAUGUAAAAUUACAGAUAUUACAUAAAAACAACUGUAUUAUUACAAAAUGGUGUUCGCAGUAAUACCUGGUUCGGAUUCCUACCCAGGAAUUUAUGCUUUGUGUGGUCCCAGUACCUCCAAAAGUUAAAGUUAUUUCUAAACUGUUCCCUGAAUAGCUUUCCAGGAUUAUUAAAUAUUAAUUCAAAUGUAUAAUUAUGCGCCAAUUUUCGUUAGAAAUUCUCAGAUUUAUCUUGAUAAACUGCAAAAAUAAUUAUUGUCAUGUGUUGUAUAACGUUACAAUAUCAUUAUUGUACUACUACAAACUAUUUAUUCGCAACUGGUUUCAAAAUGAGUCUUUUUAAGAAGUACCGAUUUUUUUCCCUGUGCGUUUAAUUUCAUCGUUGGGUUCGCGUGUGCGUUAAUAUAUUGUCCUUGAGCGCACGCACGGUGAUUCCAACCACUCUGUUCACUGGUUGCUUUCAAAUUAUUUCCAUUGGUUGGAAAUUAAAAAAAAAUUAAGAUUUCGGGGGAGGGCAUUAUCCUCCUCCUCUCCCUCUCCCCGUCAUUCUUUGCUUACCUACGCCUGUGAGAUUGUCGGUGGGUUGUCCAGAUUAUCAGUUUAGUAUCAUCGUUGGAUUCCUCCGCCUGUCGCUGUGCUAUUCAAGGUUGUUGUCUGUCUGUAUUUGCCGUUUUUGUUGCUACUGUUUUGCUUGUCAGCCCAUUGUGUUCGUCUAUGUUGUGAGCUGUGAUAUUGCUCUAAUUCCUUCUCUGUGCUGUCUAUUCAUUUGACAUCGGCUGAUUUCUAUGUUUUUUGUUUUCUGUGUGUUUGUGUAUUCAUCUUUCUUUAUGCGUUUGUCGGUUUUUCUCGAAUACAUACAAUGCAAACUAGCAAUGAUGUAUGUUCAAAAUAAUGAUUUAAAUCAAUCUUACCCAUUGCAAUAAUCAUUCAAAGAACAUAUUGUCAUGGAAUGCUUAGAUAUCUGGGAUUGUUGUUUUUAAUGAUUCACAGCCAGAGUUCUAGAAUGGAUCAUGAUAUUGAUAAUGAUCCAUCCAACCAAUCACCAUUAGUUGAAUCGCUGAAUAUCACGACGUAUGUGGAGUGAACGGCAACGACGAUCCAUAUUUACGAAAUGAUCUUAAUAAAUUUGUAGAGAUGAGCGUGACAUUUGUAGUGUUCUGAGCGGAGUACAAAGAAUACGAAUGUUCUCCUGCUGUAUUUACGAGUCAUCAAGAGUUGUCUCGCGUCAAUAUUCGUAAAUACCUAUAUAUACGUAUAUUCCUUUAUGAGAUGAAAUAAAUAUAUGAUAUCAAUUCUAGUUCCCAUAUUCAACGUAUUUCUUUACUGAGAAGUGAAUGCAGGCAUAAAUAAGAAGCUAUGUGUGCGGACAGUGAAAUAUAAAUGACAAGGUGAAUGUCAGCGAACUACCGGCGCUGCCAGAGUGACAUGUUCACACGCGUGAUCGGUCACACAUCACGUUUCACUCAAAAAACAGUUUGUGGAGUUUCAACUCCCAUUCGGUUUUAUUCUCAGGCAAGUUACACGUAGAUGCGAAACAAUCAUUUUAAAACUACAUGGAGAAAAAAAAGACAGCGCGACAUUUAUCUGUUGACUUAUCUGUUACAAGCACUAGUUCACUGGGGUGAUAAGUGUAAGUCGUGAAGUUAAACGCCUUAUCUGUGUUGAUUCUCGCGCGACCGUGCAACAAGUUUAACUGUAAAUGUACUCGAACAAGUUCAUGUGAGGUAGUUAGGCGGUUAUUGCAGUCAGAGGCUUAGCCUGGUGAGUGAGUGUACGCAGAGUUUCAUUUGGGGGAGGAAGUGACAAAACCUUUUUGCUUGCUGUUUGCGUUCAAAUUAUUAUACAUCUUAUAUAACUAUAAUAGAUUUUUAUUAUUUUUUUAGGAUUUUGGGGAUAUAUCCCCCCUCACAAUCACCAUCCCUGUAUAAAGUGACAGUACAGCUCUAAAAAUAGUAAUCAUUACUUCACACUUCCGUAGGACAUAGGCUUGUGCGGGAUUCAGUAGUGAGCCAGACUACGAAGAUAUACCCUAUUCCCUUUUUGACAGGAAUUUCCGACAGGAAUAUGAAUGUCUUUAAUCUUGGGUUUGGUGUCACUUCGGCUGAGGAUUCGACACCUCUUAAAAUUCGUAAACUAUGAAAGCUACAGAGAUGAAGUAAAUAUAGCUUACAAUUAGUAGAGCAGAAUUUUCUCGUUUGCGUUACGUAUGAAUCACGCGGUUAAUAUUUGCAGUGAUGACGUAACGAGCGUUGCUGGAUAGCGUCUAACUUAAGUCAGUGAGAGCUAUGUAACUCAGAAAGUAAUGGACCAUUUGCGUCUUUAAACUUUAAUUUGCUUGUGAGUGAGCGCUGAGCGGGGAUAGUUAAGUGGAAUAACUAUAAAGUUACUAACUUUGGUUUUGUAGACAUUAUACGCAAAAUGCCUAAGGGAAAACGGGUUACGUUGAAAGAAAAGAAAGAAAACAAGCGAAAUCGCCCGAGCGGAAGCAAUUACAAAUGCAGAGAAGUGCCGUAGGUACUGAAUGAGGUAAAAAGUAGCCGAGAUAAAUGAGCCAGUGGGCAAAACGAGCCCCUGUAGUCCAAAAUACAGGCUACCCAGAAUUUUUUUUUUCCAGAGGUAUGAAAAUGUUGUCCUUCAAACCGCUAUCUUUAUCCAGCCCCUACAUAAAAUUCUCGUCUACUCUACAACAGUCCAGGCCUGUGGGUAGCCCAUGUCCUUGUCCGAAUACACUAAAACUAUAAGCAACUGUUAGCUUCAGUUAACUAAAGCGCGCAACAAGUAGGAACAGAGUGUUGGGAAGUCCAUCGCACCACUCACACUGUAUAUGUGUAGUCGCAACUCAGCAAGUCCCCGCUGGCUGACAGCUACCCGCAGCAGCGACCAGACCCGUGCGAACUCGCGGAGGUACAGGUUGUGACUGAAGAGCUGCUGUCUGCUCCGCCCUUUGUUGCCUGUUGUUUCAGGCCAUUGUGGUCUCUUUCUGGGUGCUGUAUGUGUGUCGCUUUAUAUGUUCAUUAUCGUGUGACACAUGUCGUUCAAUGGAUCAUGUCAAUCCCAAUUCCUACAACGGUCCACUCUUUCGCAAAGUCAACAAAUAUGUGCAUUUUGUCUGCAAAGUGACAAGGGCACGCCCUGAAGAGUGGUUCGUGAUUGGUUUAUUGGCUGUGCGCUGACGAAUGUAGCCAGGACAACAACAGCAGAGGCAAGCAAGCACCUUCGCGCGGCUACUAUCGCCGGUCUCAGCUGCACACGAGGCCUGGCGUGUGGUCGUCCUAUUGUGCUUGUUGUGGGGACUGGGGACUGGGGACUGGGGACUGGGGACUGGGGACAGGGGACUGGGGCUGCGAGAGCUCGGGCUAUCAGGGACUGCGUGUGAACAGGGCGGGGCAGGAGGCAAAAGCGACGCCACUUCAGGCGGUGAUCGAUAGUUGCCUCUCACGUAGAGGCGCGCGGCGGUCAUGUCGCAGCGAGGCUGGCAGCGCGCCACCACACACCACACCACCACGCCACCACCCCACCACACACCACGCCACCACGCCACCACACCACCACACACCACACCUCAGCCACUGUGGCACAGCUCGAGACUGCAAUGUUGCUCUCUGAGUUUUCUCAAGUGAGAGUUAGAGGGUCAUGAACCCAUAGGGAAGGGGUUUUGCAAUCAAAGUGUAUGAAAAAUAAUAUAAAUUAAUUGAUCUGUUAGUAAUAAGAACUUCGCUUAAAUAAAAAGACAGCUUAGGUACUACCGUGAUGCAUAACAUACUUCCGUCUAUAACCACCGUAAAGAACAUAACAAACCAAAUUUCGUCUGCCACUGUCAUGGCCGCUCCUAAACACUACCUUACUCACAAAAGUUGUGUUUAACUUUACACUUUUUGAAUUAGUUAUUUCAUAAUAAUAACUUAUCAAUUCUUUCUAGAUCAGCUUUUUUUUUUUAAUUUAAAUUCGUAGGCUAACUUUGAUGGGCACGUGAUAGGCUAUAUUUUAUAAUUUUUAUUAAAAAUAAAAGUAACAUAGGAAAAUAAUAAUUGAUAUCAAUGUUGAAUAAAGUUAUUUUCCCUUCCCUGCAAAGAAACAAAAAAAAACGCAGAUGUGUGUAUUCAAAGGCGCGGUUGUUGUCGAUGUUACAAACGCGAGUGUAGGCCUAAUGCACUGGCAGCACGUUGCAGCGCUAGUUUCAUCCCAGCUUGUUUGACUGGCGUAGUUGCAGUCUAUCGUGCGAGAUCCCGCCUAGAGAGGCGCUAUCUCCCGGCGCAGCGAGGCGGAGAUAAACUGCUAUCUACAGUUGCAACACCGCGGGUCACUUCCCUGAUGCGAGAGCACCUUCAGGCUUGCCAAAAUUCUCCUAACGUCGGCGCGCGGCGUUUCAAAACUGAGUGAAAACUAGUACUUUUUUUUUUUCAUUUAUAUAGUUUUUUUUAAUUUAAUUAUUACUAGCUACCUAUAGUUUCCUGUGCGAGAACCUAACACACGAUACUUCAGCCGAGCUCUGGGCGUCGCGGAUGUGAACUGUCACGUCUGUUACAAGUGCCACACAGAAAGCUGCACGUGGCACGCUAGAGGAACCCUCACGUGCCGCGUGCAGGCCCUGGAGCGGGUAGGCUAUGUAUAGCUGGGCGACUGUCUCCUGGUCCCAUCCCCACCUCACAGCUACGAGCAGACAUGCCGCCAUGCUACCUCCUGGUGGUGUAGUGGUGUACGAGCGCACACGGAGCGGCGGCCCAUUAGCGCGCAGGAAGCGGCGAUGACAUAACCUCGCGGUGCUAAUAAUACCGCUGUGUCAGAGGCGCUGGUUGGUGGAGCGGCGGUCUUCCAUGGCUCACACCGGAGCCCCUGGCCUCCAGACUCGCCUGGCUGCUACCUGCUGCAGUCUGUCCGACCCUCAACGUAGAUGCUUGAUGAUGUCGGAGAGCGAGCCGCAGCAGGACGGCGAGGUCUCCCAGGGCUCCGCCCCCGGCACGCCGGCCUCAGACAGGGCUGCAUCGCCCUCCUUCAAGGCGCAGUUCCGCGCCUUCUCCAAGUUCGGCGACCCCAAGUCCGACGGCCGCCACAUCACGCUGUCGCAGAGCGACAAGUGGAUGAAGCAGGCCAAGGUCAUCGACGGCAAGACCGUCACCACCACCGACACCGGCAUCUACUUCAAGAAGUUCAAGGUCAUGAAGAUGGCGCCGGAAGACUACGACAAGUAUCUGGCAGACCUCGCCAAGAACAAGCGGCUGGAGCUGCAGGACGUGAAGAAGAAGCUGGCGUCGUGCGGCGCGCCGGGGCUCACCUCCAACUCGCCGGCGGGCAAGGCAGCGGCCGCCGUGGACCGCCUCACGGACGCCGCCAGGUACACGGGCUCGCACAAGCAGCGCUUCGACGACAGCGGCAAGGGCCGGGGCAUCGCCGGCAGGAAGGACCUGCCCGACGACUCUGGCUACGUGCAGGGCUACCAGAACAAGGACUCCUACAAGAACCAGUAGCCGCGCCAUCUGCAGACUGCGGGCCGUGCUGGAAGGGUCGCGGCCAGCCGGGGCGAGUCGAGGCGGCGGCAGUUACUGUUUGUCCUCGAUGCACUUCCUCUAAGCCAGUUGCAUUUGUUUCCUUGUUGCGACUGAAUUAACCACAAACGUUACGAUUAUUUUUUUUUCCCAGCAUAAAUAGUGUGAGAAUUUAUAUUGUUAAGCUCACUAUCUUGACGCAAAAAAAAAUUAAAUUGUUAUAUAGUCAUCCCUGACAAUGGCGCAAACCUGAUUGCGUACAAGCUACACGGUGGUGGAAUUCUGCCUUCUGCCUUCUGCCGUAAGACGGACUUAGAGUCGUGGUCUUGGCGCGGGAUGUAGUGCAGGAGGCUAGACUCCGCAGUCGCGCACACGGCCCCUGGCUCGCGCUGUGUCCAGUGUGGACAGAGACUGGGCAGCCCCUCGCUGGCAGCUGUCCUUGGAGGACUUUGUUGUGGUUUCAUGUCAAACUUGGAAACCUAACAUCCUCAGCCCGCAGUUUCACUUGCCAACUGCAGCUCACAGUGAUUGCCGCAAUUGUUUCAGUCUCAGGAAUCACUGAUAUUAAAUAACUCACAUCUUUGAUGAUAUUAUAAUGAUGGUAAAUUAUUUAUUGGUAUACUCCCUACCAUUCUUCUUCCAAAACUAUUAUCGAAUAGAAGUAAUUUGGAAUAUUUAUAAAAUUAAAAAUGGUAACUAACUCUCCUCCAUAAAUCGUACGUACUUAAAUAUGUAAAUAUUAUUAUUUUAAUAUUGCCCUAUUUGUGUGGAUUCUGAGAAUACUCCUUGUGAUGUUGUGCUUUUAAGUGAUUUAGUUAUGCUUUUUACGGUAGUUUUCUGUCUUGAAUACUGUUUGUUAAGACUCCUCUUCUGCUUUAUACAAACUGUACUUUGAAGUGUUCGUCUCCAUGUCAAAGGCUCUGCUGACUCACAGUGGUAACAGUUUGGAGAUGAGCAACGAAGGGCUUUAUCAGGAAGUUGCUCAAUUCACCACAUGCAAUAACGAUGUAUAACUUUUAUGGUCUUAGGUUGCUUGCAGAAGUAAUAUAUACCUUAAACAAUAAAUUAUUCUAUCCGCUGAUGCGCAUUGGAGUAAAUACCUUCAGAAACUCAACACUUUGAUAUGUCGGCAAUCUUUCUGAGUUUAGUUUACGUUUUACUAACUGGGUUUAGCUUUCUAGCAACAGUCGUGUUCCAGCAGGCACGGCAAGUGACUAAUUAACUCCGCAGUUUGUUGCUGCCGACACUAUGCUGUCACGUUGAUGUGCUACUGUUGCGAGCAUAGACUCCAUGCAGCACGAAUACCACCCGAGCUCACUGGGCCGAAGUUGCUCUCUGUACUUUCAACGUUUCUUUACUUCGUGAGAUCAAAACCGCAUUUUUAUUUAAAUAACAAGUCAUAGACGGAAAAAAAUAUAACAUUAUUCACCAUAUUAAUUAAAACUUAAUUGAACAAUAUUUUAAAAUCUAUUUAAAUAACUUAUUUUAAAGUAAAAUAUAGUUCUAGGUGGGAAAAUAAACUAAAGAGAUGCUGUUUAAGACAUUCCUGGUUGAUGAGUCACUUGUCUCACCUGUAUUUAGUUUUACCUAUGGAAGCAUUUAACUUAAAUUUCAGGGAAAGUAUUAAAACUAUAAUUCAGGAAAACUACUUUGUGAUUUUUUUCAGUCGACUUACAUAUUUUAUGAGCAUUAAUUAUCUAUUAGUUUAAAAAAAUUCCAUUACAAUUUGUUUGUAGAAUAUUUAUAAAGUUAACUAUUUCUGAAAAAAACAUUUCUUUUAAAUUAUAUUGAAACUUUAAAUUAUAAAUUAAUUUGUUUUUUGCUUACGACUCCGAGCCCAUCACCUGACAAUGUCACGUGACGCUAGUAAACAAGCGGGUAGUAAGAGUAUACUCAGCUUCUCCAAUCUUGGAUUUAAUAUAAGAACUCAAUCGUAGACGAAGUAGGCUUACCUAUUUAUAGCAGAGGGUAACUUUUACUGUCAUACUGGCAGCAUUUACUGCUAUGUCUUAUAUCAAUCUGGCUCAGAAACUGUCCCCAGUUCGUUAUAUACACGUAGCACGCACAAACAAUAAUAAUACAAAACGCUAACGUUCACACCCGUGAUUUUUUUUUCCUGACAUCACAAGACUUAUUUUGUUAGACCUACUCUUGCUAACCCAUCUUUGAAUGCAUGUUUUGCUCUAACAUAACUAAAAUACAAAUAUUUUAUUUUUGCCCCUUGGGACACUUUUGUUUACAAAGCGUUAAGCAUAUGUGCCUGGUUCAUAUUGUUCACUGAAUUUGUAUAAUAUAGCCGGUGAUUUCGUCAUUUGUAUCAUUUAACAAAACAAAAAAAUGUGCACAACACUAGAAAAUCAACAUCGUUCGUAAUAAAUAAACAGCAUAUUUUUUCAUGGACUUUGUAACGCAAUGUUAAAGUGUCAGUAGCUUUCAGAGCCUCCAUGUGUUCAGAAUGGAUCUCACGCCUUACUUCUUCCAUUUUUGUUAUAAGUUUUUUGUGAAGUGUUGUAAAACUUAUUUCAAUAAACGUUUUGAGAUUUUGCACGA